CCCACAUUUUACAUCUCCCUAUAUUCCGCAUGUGUUGUUGGUGUGUGUAUAUAUAGAGUCAAGCUGCUGGCCGGCCGCUUUGCUCUUCAUCAUCAUAAUAAGAUCAGCAAUAUUCAGUUUGUUGUUCGCUUAUCUUUCUGGGGAAAAAAAACUAGAGCUCGACCGGUGGGGGAUGGAAGGAGUACUGGAAAGCGUGGGCGGCGGAGGAUUGAGGAAAGGCGCAUGGACUGAAGACGAGGAUAGGCUGCUGCGUCGAUGCAUUGAGGCUUACGGGGAAGGCCGAUGGCAUCAGGUUCCCAUUCGUGCCGGAUUAAACCGAUGCAGAAAAAGCUGCAGGCUGAGGUGGCUCAACUAUCUGAAGCCAAAUAUUAAGAGAGGAGAGUUCUCAGACGAUGAAGUUGACCUAAUCACCAGGUUGCACAACCUCUUGGGUAACAGAUGGUCGCUGAUCGCGGGGCGUUUGCCAGGAAGAACGGCAAACGACGUGAAGAACUACUGGAACACCCACCAGAAGAAAAAAACGACACCGUUUCCAUGCAAAACAGGUUGUAUUAGCAACGGCCGGCAACCAUCAGCCGUCGCCAAAAAGAAUAAUAAGAACAACAAUAUCCCACGGCUCCAGAUAACGAAGACCAACAUCAUCAAGCCCCGACCUCGGACCUUCUCCCCCAAAACCUUCUGCUGGCCCAAGAAGCCCACGGAGCCCAAGAAGCCCAAUAGUAACAAUUACGAGUUAUCGCCACCGAGUCGAGAUGAUGAUCAUAGUCGCUAUGAUGAUCAGGAGAACCAUGCCGGCGCCGGAAUCACGUGGGUGGACCAGCUAGAAAGCUUCCUCGACGACGGAAUCGGUAGUCGGCCGGUGACGGAAAGUGGUGUCCUGGAAACGGAUCAGAUUCCCCUUGCCCAACUAAUGUCGUCCAUUUUGCCAGAUCACAGUGAGAAGAGCGCCAUUGAUCUGACGGCGUUCCAGGAGGACAACUAUCAGAGUUUGUGGAGCGAUGUGGAUAUUUGGCAUCUCCUCGGUGACCAUCACGACAUUUAGUCUGGUACUCGUUGUUUUGGCAAUUUACCAUCACGGUACUAGUGUGUACUUAUAGUUAUAUGGUUGGUUCCCCCCUGAUUUUCUAUGUCUAAAGAUUAGGUUUGCCAAGUCAACUAUUUAGUUUGUUUUCCAUUUACUUUUUGCGUACGUACAAGAUAAGUUUAUGUUGGACAAGCAAUUAAACUAAUCUCAUUCUCC